AUGGAUCUCAUCGAUGAAGCUCAGCUGUCCUUCUCUAACAAUCUGAUGACCUAAGAUGGAUGUAGUGAUUUUAUUUCUCUGCUACCCAAGAUAAUGAAACUAUAAUAAUAAUUCAAUAAAUACAAAUUGUAACAUUAAAUUUUACUUAAUUUUAUUUUUAGAAAUAAUUUGUUUACUAUUACUUCUAGAAAAUAAGAGAUUGAUAAAAUUAAAUUAAAAUAAUGCAUCCACAUAUGUCCAACAAUUUAAAAAAAAUCAAUUUCAACACAUAUAAUGCUUGAUUAAUUUUCAAAUUUAAAUUCAAUAUCAUUAGAUUUGAAACUUUACAUCAAUUUUAUAAUUAAUGAAUUUUUCUAGCAAAUAGCUAUCCUGCUGAAUACAUUUGUAAAUGAUUUGUUCAUAAUCAAUAAUAUUCCAUUAACAUCACAUUAAUUCUAAAGGCAUCAUUAGAAAUUGUAGAUUAGCGUAUUAAAAAAAACUAAAUAGUGACUUUUGUAAUCAAAUUCAUAAAGGAAAACAAAAAUCAGAAUUAGGAAUGAAAGUUAAAAAUUAGUUACAAUUUAAAAGCAAAACCAAAAAUAGCGUGAGCACUAAAAUAUAGUUUAGAUCGUUUGUUAUAUUAUGCAAAUGAAUUGAAGCAGCAUCAUUUAUUAUUUCAAAUCAUUAAUCUAAAUUAUCCAUUAUAUAUUAAAGAUUUUUUGAAAUUAAUAGUUGAUAAUUUAUUAUCAUUCAAAUUAAAUGUGAGAACCACAGAUAAGCUUCAAAUAAUUAUUUAAUUUUCAAGAGAAAAUAUCAUAUCUAAUAAAACAAGAACAGGGCAUUGUCUUACUUUUUGUUACUUGAUAAAAAUGGAGUCAAAAUUAAAAGUAAACACAUGAUUAUUUUAGGCUUUUUUUGUUAUUUGAAUAUAUUUUUAAUUUAAAAUCAUUGUUAUUCAAUUUAUAAUAAAAGGAUUUAGUUGGGAUGAUUAGAACAAAAUUAGAUUGCAUACUUAACAAUUUGUAUGUAAAUAAAGAAUAAAACUUAUCAAUAUUUCUUAUAUCCAAGUAUUGGGAUGUAAUACAUUAGGAGAAUUGAGAGAAUUUGAAGAAUACUUCCUAAGGAAAUAUUAGAGUAAUUAAUUUUAAAUAAAUUGAAUUGUUCAGUUAAUACAAAGAUAUCCAAUAUUUUGUGAGUAAUAGUCCUUCGGCAUAAUUGCAGAAAGUAGUAAAUAAGUGAUUUAAACAAUAAUAUUGAUUUUGUUGAUUAAUUUUGGGAGGUUGAGAAUAGAUCCUAAUUAUGAGAGGGAUGUGAAGUUUUCCUACUUUUGGAAUAAAGACUCUAGAGAACAAUUGAUAUAAGGAUUGACCGAGAUAAUGAAGGAGCGAGAGUUGUCAAUAGUUUUGGCUUAGAAUUGUGUUUAUUGUGAUUUGAAAACCCUUCAAAGCCAAGAAUUGUAUUGCAAAUUCCUUGUUAGAAUUCCUUUUAUAGUAUCUCAUCAGUGUCGAUAGAGAAUAAAUUUGUUUAAGAGAUCAUUGAUAUAGAUUAGAAUUAUAUUUUUAUAUAUUAUAAAUUUAACUAUCAGAAUGCUCGAAAAUAAUAAUAAUGCCUUUAUGAGUUGUAGUGUUUUUAAGAGAGUGGUAUUUUGA